UCGGCCCGCUUGAUCGCUGGUUUCAGAAAACUUUCGUUUUUCUAUGGAGAAUACUUUAAAGUCUGUUAGCGGGUUUAACAUUUAAAGUAGUGGUCAAAAUCUCUCGGUUAUUUGAAAUGUGAAAGUGGAACUUACGAAAAGGGUGGUGCCCAAAUUAAAGAUGAGUCACCUGUCGUUCUGGAGCCGGGCGGAUCUUCCGGAUAUCCGGCUGUCCGGGAAUAGACGCACGGAUGCUCAGGAGUCCAGAGGUCACAGCUCAGCGUUCACAAGGUCACACAACCAUCGACAUCGCAAGGUCACGACGGCGUCGUCAAACCUCAACAACUCUGUAACGAUGGACGUCGACGUUGACAACGACCUUCAAUGUCCCAUUUGCCUCGAGCUGUACACCUAUCCCAUUAUCCUCCCCUGCUCACACGUGCUCUGUCGAUCCCCGUGUGCCGAACAAUUGUUUGACUUCAAUUUUAUACGAUGCCCAGUCUGUAGGGACAACUGCUACGUUUCUGGCGGGAUUACUAGUCUACCUAGAGUGAUCGCCCUUGAAAAUAUAAUCGAGCGAUAUAAAAAUGAGCAAAAGAAAGGAAAGAACGAAAAGACAACGAUACCAUCUACAAACCAGCCAAAGCAACAAAAUCCUGCAGCUCAAAAAGACACAAGUGAAACUCUAGCAAAGUCACUGUCUUUGUUGAAUGAUAGUGUGUCUGCUUUGACGUCACUCACAUCGUCGAUGAACACUGUUCCAGAUAAAAAGUGCCAACAUUGUAAAAGUGCUAGCCCAAAGCGCGCCAAAAAGCUUUGUGUAACAUGUAAUUUGUAUUUCUGUGCAACCUGUUUAAGACAGUCCCACCCAAAUAAAGAACCGUUCACUAGUCACGAAUUUGUCGAUCCUCAUUCGGAACGAGCCACUUCCGGUUUACGUCAGACCGGAAGUUCCGAUAAAACCGGAAGUACAACAGUAUCGUCUGCUUUGAAGCACCAGAAUCUCAUAGACGCUUAUUGCAGUAUGUGUAUGCAGGCAUUUAGUUCAAAUUCGGAUGAAAGAAGUGCACAUGUUGGACAUCCGGUUGUUGCCAUAGAACAAGCUUACAGGGAAUUUAAGAAUCUCAUCGAAGGAAAUGCAGGAAAGCUGUCAGACAGCCAGGACAGGGUCGUCACGACGUUGAAAGAUCUCAAGGAUAGCCUGAAAGACGUCCAGCAUGUGCUAACACGACGUCGUGACGAAAUCAACAUGCAAUGUGACGCCUUACUUGCAGAGAUUGAGAACAAACGUAGCUAUUUCCUCGCUGAUUUGGAAUAUGAGGAACGUAUACAGCAGACGGCGUUAGAAGACUGUAUUAAACGCCUGGAAAAGGUGCUCGGAGCGUCACAGGGGUUGCAAGGUUACGUCUACGACAUGAUAUCGUCCGAAAAGGCACCGUUUUUAGAGGUCGCGAACACUUUAAAUGAAAGAAUUUUGAAAGCGUCUGUUGACUGUGAUAAUGCGACGACUGCGCAAGUACCGGAUGUUGAUGUGCUACAUGGGAAGGUUCUCGAUUGCAGACGAGAAAAGGUCUUCCUCAGGGAACUACACUACCUCAGUCCACCAUCGACGCCAAUCGUUGACGUUACCCGUUGUUCCCGAAGCAAGGACUCCGUCGUUCUGGCGCUGUGCCCACCGUCAAGCGUCCAUGAAGUCGUUGACCAAUAUGAAGUCAAUUUCUGUUCGGAGGAACAGAAAAACAUCGAGUUGGAGGAAACGCUGGUAGUAAAGAACAGUGUCGAGGACAGUUGCUCCACGAAGAUCUCCGCCAAUGCUUCCGGUAUCCUGGUCCUCCUACUGGAGAACCUGUGCCGCUCAACUACCUAUUACUUUUGCUUGAGCGCCGGGAAUGCCGCCGGUCGUUCAGGGAGUUCAGAAGUCGUCCAGUGCACGACGCUGUCUGAUAUGGAGAAUGUUAUACCUGCUCCUUCGAUCAUCGAACGUCACUGUAAGCGUUACUCGUCCUCGAUUCAGAUCUUUUCCUCAAGUCCCGUUGAUGUUGCAGCCGAACAGAAGAUUUCCCAUUUCCUUUUGUAUCGGCAACCCGCGAAUAAUCGCGUAUGGAAGUGUGUUUCCAUGUACGGCCGCGAGGAUCACCGAGUGUUUGGACUGGAGUCUGGAACGGAGUACGAGUUUGUGAUUCUUGCGUACAAUUUGCGCGGGGAGUGCCAGUUAUCAAACAAAGUAGUGAUAGAGACCGAAUCUUCUGCCAGUUUCUGAAAAUCUCGACUGUUAAGAAAGGAGUAAAAAAAGCGCCGAAUCUGCGCGGUCAAUGCCAUCUGUCGAUUGAAGUCCGCUAGUUGCUAGUGUCUGAAAGUCCCGUAUGCCGUAUAGACGGAAUAUGCGCAAUCGUAACAACUCGGCCAUCUCCGGCAAGCUCCGAGAUAGUCAAUAUUGUUCGAUACUGAAGUAGGAGUUCCGAUUGGGAAUAUGCGAUGUUCGCGUAAAUUCUGCACGGAGCGUCGGCUGUCAGAGUUGCAGUCGUGAUAGAGUUGUUUGCUAGUUUCUAAAAGUAUCAUAUGAUGUUUGAAACGGGUAACGUGAUUUAGGGGUACAGUGACCUGCGCAGGUGGAGUCAGCUGUCCAAUUAAACGGUGGGAGAGACAUUUGUUCUCAUUCGUCGGAGGCGUACCUUCCCGAAAUAUAUCAUUUGGAUUUUGAAUGCGAUACCAAUUGUUCAUCAUCUAUCCUUGAAGCAAUGGAAUAUUACAAAAAUCGUCCGCUGGAUUGUCAUCUUCAACGACGUCACAUUACCUGGCUAACCGACAGCGCACAAUAGCCCCACAUUUGAACUGAAUUAUAAACAAUUAAAGCACAAAAAAACUUGAUUAUGGAAGAUAAACAGACAUGGAUUUGUAAGGAAAAUUUGUGACUUUACGCCCCGUCGGUGAAUCGCUUGUUUGAAGUAUCAGCAAAAUUUAGUACACGUUUUGAGUGUUCAAAAUGCGCGGAUGGCAGCUUUUGUUCAACAAUGAAAUAAAGAGACAGCUAUUAUAAUGCCACGUCAAUUAAAUAUGUUAGAUGCUAUAUAGGUAGAAUUCUUUAUGCACCGGUUUUUGCAGCGUUUUAUUUGUUUUUAAAAGGAGUUUUCCACUGCCAUAUUAGUAGAUAGUUCUGACAGCGGUUUAUGUUAUUUAUUUAUUUUGUGAGAAAUGUCAGAGAAAACUGUUUUUGAUUUAUGCAAUGUUUUGUAGCUACAUUUUAUUUACACCAAGUAUUAUCAAGUUUGGUGCUUUUGUUUUAACUCACUUCGAUGCAUGAUUUUCGUAUCUAUUAUUUAUUUAAAAUAUAUAUAGUUUAGUAUUUUAGAAAUUCUAGCUUCUUUUGCAAACUUAAUUAAAUCCACACAUACCAAACUAAUUACAAACAUUGAACUACGUGUAAGCUAGAAACUUUGUUUCGCAGUUAUGUUUUGUAUCUUCUCUCGUCGUUCCUACUACCGAACGUUACCAUGUUAUGGCAUUGCUGUGAUAUGUACAGGGUCGAGUCACCAUGUUGCGUUCUUUACUACGCGAGUGAUUUCGAAUCGUGUCCUCAUUACUCUAGUUUGUUUGUAGUAUUGUGUUGUUGUUGAGUUACCAUUGACGUCAUAAUCUUUGGUUUGACCAUUAGUGGUUGGAGGCAGUGUGUUAUUUAAUAUUGCUGAAAUAUAUUUUAAAAGCGUU